CCCAAAAUAGCAGACAUCUUUUCCCUCCAAAAACUGCCCCCCUCUCUCUGUAUAAUCCAAACUCCUUCCCAUGAUCUCGUCUCAUGAUCAAAUCUCUCACUCACAAACCUUCUCUUUUACUCUCAUUUCCACAUCUCAAAUGCCUCUCCACCACCUCCCCAAACCCAAAAUCCCCACUCCACCAUCUUCGUACUCUCUUCAACUCCACCACAACCUCUCUUCAAAACUCAAACUACGAGAAAGCCUUAGUUUCAGCUCUCAAGUAUUCUGCAACAAAUACGGCCAUCUCUCAAGGCCUCCAAAUCCACUCCCUAAUCUUGAAAUCAGGCCUUGAAUCAAACAAUUUCAUCCAGAACAGCUUGAUUAACAUGUAUGCGAAAUGCGGGUUCAUUUCUCAUGCCAAAUUUAUCUUUGAUUCUUGUUCUAGGUUGGACCCAGUAUCUUGUAACAUUAUGAUAUCUGGGUAUAUAAGAAACGGUAGAUUAAAUGACGCACGCCAGCUGUUCGAUGUAAUGCCCAAUAAAGGUUGUGUUUCGUAUACUACUAUGAUAAUGGGGUUUGCUCAAAGCGAUCAUUGGAGUGAAGCAAUUGAUGUUUUUAAGGAUAUGAGUAACGUGGGGGUUAUACCGAAUGAGGUAACUUUAGCCAGCGUGAUUUCGAGUUGUGUGCAUGUAGGUGGGAUUCGGGGGUGUAGAAUGUUGCAUGGGUUAGUUAUUAAAUUGAUGAUUGAUGGGUUUGUUUUGGUCUCAACUAAUUUGUUACACAUGUAUUGUGUUUGUUCGAGUUUGGGGGAUGCAAGAACUUUGUUUGAUGAGAUGAAGGAAAAGAAUAUUGUUACAUGGAAUGUGAUGUUGAAUGGGUGUGCGAAAGCGGGGCUAAUUGAUUCCGCAAGAGAGUUGUUCGACAGUAUUCCUACGAAGGAUGUGGUUUCAUGGGGUACAAUAAUUGAUGGGUACGUGCAAGUGGAAUGGUUAAGUGAAGCUUUGACGAUGUAUCGUGCAAUGCUACACGAUGGAGUAGCACCAAAUGAUAUCAUGAUUGUGGAUUUGAUUUCAGCAUGUGCUCGAGCCAUGGCAAUCAGUGAGGGUUUACAAAUUCACAGUACAAUAGUGAAGGCUGGUUUUGAUUGUUAUGAUUUUAUACAGGCUACAAUUAUUCAUUUCUAUGCAGCCUCUGGGAGGAUCAACCUGGCUUGUUUGCAAUUUGAGAUAGGAAUGAAGGAACAUAUUGCAUCUUCGAAUGCCCUCCUCGCAGGAUUUAUAAGAAAUGGAAUGAUUGAAGAAGCAAGACAAUUAUUCAAUAACAUGCCUGAAAGAGAUGUUUUUUCAUGGAGCACCAUGAUUUCUGGUGAUGCUCAAAGUGAUCAGCCUAUCAUGGCUCUAGAACUCUUCCAUAGAAUGGUAGCUUCUGGAGUGAAACCAAAUCAAAUCACUAUGGUGAGUGUUUUCUCUGCAAUUGCCUCUUUAGGCACGUUAAAAGAAGGAAGAUGGGCUCAUGAAUAUGUUUGUAACAAUUCCAUCCCUCUUAACGACAAUUUAAGUGCUGCUAUUAUCGACAUGUACGCUAAAUGUGGCAGCAUUAAUUCUGCCGUAGAAGUGUUUAAUCAAGUCAAAGAGAAGGCAUUAACUGUCUCACCUUGGAAUGCAAUCAUAUGUGGGUCAGCAAUGCAUGGACAUGCAAACUUGUCUCUCAGAAUAUAUAAUGAAUUGGAAAGGCGAAAUAUUAAGCUUAACUCUAUUACAUUCAUCGGAGUCCUGAGUGCAUGCUGCCAUGCUGGGUUGGUAGAUUUAGGGGAGAGAUACUUCAAGAGCAUGAAGAGUGUGUAUAAUAUAGAUCCUGACAUCAAGCAUUAUGGUUGUAUGGUAGAUCUCUUAGGCAGGGCAGGGCGAUUAGAAAAAGCUGAGGAAAUGAUUAUGAGCAUGCCCAUGAAGGCUGAUGUUGUUAUUUGGGGCACAUUGUUGGCUGCAUCCAGAACACAUGGAAAUGUGGAAAUCGGAGAAAGGGCUGCAAAGAGUUUGGCAGGUUUGGAACCAUCUCAUGGGGCGAGUAGAGUUCUUUUAUCUAACAUAUAUGCCGAUGCAGGGAGGUGGGAGGAUGCAUUUUUAGUCAGGAAAGUUAUGCGCAGUAAUGGAAUGAAGAGAUUACCUGGAUGCAGUGGCGUUGUAUAAUUCUUGAUCAGGUUUUAAUAAACCUAAUAGUUUCAGCUAACAUGAGGAUGAAGACUGCCAGUCGGUGAAGAUAGCUUUUUAAUUUCAUC